GAGAUUCAUAAGACAAUUUUAUAAACAAGUAUGGCUGACAGAUGAGCACGUUUUUCUGUUUUGACCUUUGAGUUGGUGUCCUAUCUGAUGUCAUGUAAAUCAGUUUUAUAAAACUUAAAAUGUUGCGAGUGAUUUCAGUUGCCAAAAGACUCAAGAUUUUUGAUACAGACACUGUGAAAUUUUUGAAGUGUUAUAAUUCAUGGUUAAGAUGUUCCACGACUUCAUUCACAAAUAAAAAUAUCUCUACAGAAAAAGAGGAAUCUGGAAUUUCAUAUGAGACGGAUGUUAAAGGCAAUAACCCUGAAGAGUCAAGGAAGACAACCCUUAUUAAUACAGAACCAUCAUCUGGACCAAAAAUUGAUUACUUUAAAAGCAUUCAUGGGAACAAAGCCAGACUAGAUGAAACCACAGAACACAAAAAUGAAAGACAUUUUAUUGAGAACAAUCCAAAUAAUUCUGAGGAACCGGAAACAGGUUUGGAACCUGUGACGGACAAACCAGUUUCUAUUAAAGAAUUUAAGCCAGUGUUUAACUUAGCUGCUUUAGUGAAUGAAUCAGACACAUUACAAAAGCUCUUAAAAAUAGGCGUUGAUUUAAGUGCAAUUGAGAAAUACAAGGGUAUGGCUGACUUGAUUGUAAAAUUAGAUUUUGACAAAGAUGUGAUGCCAUAUUUGUUAUUUCUAAAAGACUGUGGGGUACACAAAUACGGAUCAUAUCUAGCAAAGAAUCCAUUGAUUUUUAAACAGAGUUUAGAAGAUCUACAAGCGCGGGUCAGUUAUCUCGAGUCAAAAAAAUUCAGUAAAGAAUCCAUUGCAAGAAUAGUUCUUAAAGCUCCACUGUUUUUAUCUCUUCCUGUGAAGACAGUUGAUAAAAAGCUAGGUUACUUUCAGAAACAGUUUAAUUUGACAGGUAAUGAGGUACGUCAACUAGCUACAAUGAUACCAAAGAUCAUAACAUGGAGACUUAACAAAAUACAGGAAAAUACCCUGUAUUAUAAGGAGUUUUUGGGUUUUACUGAUGUAGAAUUAAAGAAGAUAUUGCUGACUUAUCCUAAAGUCUUUUUAAUGGAUCGGCAUGGCGUUGGUAAAAAGUUUGAUUUUCUUCAUAAUGUGAUGGGACUGGAUCAUAAAAGACUAUUGGAGUGGCCGGCAGUGUUCGGAACACGAUUAUUUAUAAUAAACCAUAGACAUCGUUAUUUACUGAAAGUCAAGCGUGUUCAGUAUGACCCUGAAAUGGAAAACUUUGUAUCCCUUCAGGCCUUGUGUAGUUGUAGCGAUCGCAAGUUUUGUGAAACUAUUGCAAAAACAUCAGAGCAGGAAUACGAUGCAUUUUUGAAAUGUUUGUGAUUUGUAAAUAAAUGUGAAAUUGAA